AUGGGUAAAUCAUCGCUUCACAUCGCAAUGUACCCUUGGUUUGCUAUUGGCCACAUUACCCCAUUUCUCUACCUUUCAAACAAACUUGCCGAGAAAGGCCAUACAAUCUCCUUCUUCAUCCCCACCAACACUGGCAACACACAAGCAAAGCUACAACAUUUGAAUCUUUACCCGGAUCACAUAACCUUUGUCCCCAUCACUGUUCCUCAUGUUGAUGGCCUCCCUCCCAACGCUGAGACAACUUUAGAUUUGCCAUCCUCUUUAUUUUCAGACCUUAUGACUGCCAUGGACCAGACUGAGUCUCAUAUUGAACUUCUCCUACGUGACCUUAAACCAGACAUUGUCUUUUAUGAUUUGGCUUGCUGGGUGCCAAAAUUGACACGAAAAUUAGGAAUCAAGUCAAUUUAUUACUGCGUUAUCACUACAGCUCCAGUGGGUUAUGCUCUGGUCCCUGCAAGGCAACGCAAUGGCUACCAUUCAGAGACUGACUUUAUGCAGCCCCCGUCUGGGUUCCCAGUAUCCUCCAUCGCGCUCCAUGUCCACGAAGCUCGACUCUUUAAUGCGAUGUUAAACAAUAAGUUUGGCAGCGAUGUCCUUUUUAUUGAUCGUCUGUUUGCAAGCUCAGAUGAGGCUGACGCGCUAGGGUACUGGGCAUGUAGAGAAAUUGAGGGGCCUUGUAUUGACUAUCUUGUGAGCCAGUUUGAGAAGCCCGUGCUUGUUUCAGGUCCAAUUCUAGUAGAGCCACCGGCCUCUACUCUAGAAGAAAAAUGGGUUGAAUGGCUAGGGAGUUUCAAGGCCGGCUCAGUAAUUUACUGUGCAUUGGGAAGUGAGAUCAAGUUAACGAAAGACCAAUUCCAGGAAUUGGUAUUGGGUUUUGAGCUUUGCGGUUUGCCAUUUAUUGCAGCCCUUAAACCACCCAUCGGGGCUGAGUCUGUUGAAGCGGCGCUACCGGAAGGG